UUAAAAUUAAAAGUUCUAGGGAACUGAUGAAAUAAUACAUGAGAAUGGGGGCUAGGUAUGUAGAUCUCUAAAUAUAAAUAAUAAUCCACCCUGCACUCCCAUCAAGCUGCUCAAUAUAAUACAAUGCAUGUGCCAUCCGAGUCCUCCCUCCCCUUCCCUUCGCGUCCGCCAAUGUCUUCCAUCGAUCCCCACAGCGGCUUCUGUUCUGAAACAAAAACCUUCCACAGCCUCCGCCCUCCUAUCCCCCUCCCUCCACCUUCCUCUCCUCUCUCCUUCCCGUCCUACGCCCUCUCCCUCCUCCCCUCCCCACUCCCCUCCACCCCCGCACUAAUCGACGCCACCACCUCCUCCUCCCUCCAUCGCAUCUUCAUUUCAAUGACGGCUGGGUUCCACGCACAGCGGUCGAGUCGGGAUGGCCCAGACGUGACUCUGCUUACGGCGCCGAUGUAUCAUUCGCUGGGAUUCUUUUUUGCGUUGAAGGCUAUAGCGCUCGGGGAGACGUUGGUGGUGAUGGAGAGGGUGAGUUUUCCGGACAUGAUGCGGGCUGCGGAGAAGUACGGCGUUACGCAGAUAACGGUGGCGCCGCCGGUGAUUAUGUGGAUGGCGAGGUCGGGGGAGGUGAUGCGGUACGAUCUGUCUGCGUUAAAAAGAAUAUUUUGCGGAGGCGCGCCGUUGCCGGAGGAAGCGGCGGAGAGGUUCUCGUCGAGGUUCCGAGGGGUCUCGCUUUGCCAG